GCCAGCGUGCACACUGUUGAAGAUCACAGGUCUGUGUUGAAGAUGGUGAUUUGAGCUGGCAGUGUUUUUGUAUUUAUUAAACUCUAAAUCGCAUCUUAUACGCUGAUCACAUUAUUAGGUUUAUACAGAGACAAGAUGAGCGUGUCGAUGCCACAGAAGCGUUAUUAUCGCCAAAGGGCUCAUUCAAAUCCUAUGGCAGACCAUACAUUUCAGUAUCCCGUUUGUCCCGAGGAAAUGGACUGGUCAAAGCUGUAUCCAGAGUUUUGCAGGCCACCCGAUGAGCGUCACGAGGACGAACCAGACCGGCGGAAGGGCAAAGUGGAGUUCGCUGACAUUGGCUGUGGAUACGGGGGGCUUCUCGUCGAACUCGCCCCUUUGUUCCCUGAUACACUGAUAUUGGGGUUGGAGAUCCGGGUGAAAGUCUCGGAUUAUGUCCAGGACCGCAUAAAAUCUCUGCGUGCGUCAGAGCCCGGCCGCUACCAGAACAUUGCCUGUCUCCGCAGUAACGCCAUGAAGUACCUGCCCAACUUCUUCACCAAAGGCCAGCUCAGCAAGCUGUUCUUCCUCUUCCCCGACCCCCACUUCAAGAAGACCAAGCACAAGUGGCGAAUCAUCAGUCCGACGCUGCUGGCCGAGUAUGCCUACACUCUCCGCAUCGGGGGUAUGGUGUACACCAACACAGAUGUGGAAGAGGUGCAUCUAUGGAUGGUCAAGCACUUUACAGAGCACCCUCUCUUCACGCGCAUCCCGGACGAGGAACUGACUGAUGACAUCAUAGUUGGUCGGCUGGGUAGCUGCACAGAAGAAGGAAAGAAAGUACAGCGCAAUGGAGGAAAGAACUUUCUGGCAGUAUUCCGCCGCGUGGACGAUCAGAGUUAGAAAGUCCCCAAAACAAAACAGUUUCACAUCCUUGUACAGUAUGCCUUUUUUUCUGAUCUUCAUCUUGAGAGUAUCCUGGGCAGUGAAUGGACCAUGAUGUACCUUCUACGGAUGGCAGGUCACUAGUGGACGACUGACUGAGGUGCUGGUGUCCGCCUGUGGGCCACUGUACUGUGUAGGAUACCAGGAUAUCGGGAAGAGGUAUAACCCACUCUCACUAGCUGCCAUUGUUUGCUGGAAGAUCACGACAUCUUCUCUGUUUGAACAAUCUGAGAGAAGACCUUAAAUGUCAUUUUAUCUUUUAAUAAAAAAAAUGUCUUUUGAGUUGUGGGAAAUGACAGAAAACAUGGUAUUGAUUUGUGAGUAUUUUGUCAAAUGUGCAACAAGAAGUCAUCAUCCACAGAGUUAACAUUUUGCAAUAUUUAAGUUUCAUCACAGCAGGAUUUGAAAAAUGAUCUGUUUCUUUUCUUUGAAUCGAGAAUGAACUUUCUGAGUGAAGCCACGUCUGUUCAACUUGAAUGAACUCAUGGCAGCCGUCCACUUUUUCUUUUUCUUUUUUUUUUUUAGCAGAAUUUUUUUUGUCGUCAUGUCAAUCGCUCCUCCCCAAUCCAACCACCCCCCCUUUACAAUUUUAUUGGAAGGGGAUUGUGUUGAUCCUACCCUUUGCCAAAUUCAGUCUCCUAUUUUAAGGUUAGGCCUCUGGUGUGUUCUCUGUUCCACCCUGACACUGUGAACUGAGCGGAAGAGUUGGUUUUGGACCAGUGCCCCCAAAACCUCAACUCACAUUGAGAGCGAAUGAGGGAAAAAUUAACAUGGAAAAAAGAGAAGGAAACGGUGGGAGGGAAGGAGGCAGGAGGGAUGAGGAAGAGGUCGGGGUAGACUACACAGUACAUACAUAGUGGAUAAACAUAAAAGUGAAGGAUGAGAUAAAGUGAUGCAGUGUUUGGGGUGCAGGGGAUGGGGACGAGGUGUGUAGCAUAUCCUCUUUUGACCUUGAGCACACCAUUCAGCCCUGGCACACACACACACACACACACAGUUCACUGUUGUAACAUCUGCCUGGGAAACGCUACUGAGAAUUGCAUCGAAUCUGCUGAGCAGGCAUUUCUAAUACCCAGCUGCUGUGUUAGCCCGAGCCCAGAUCGACUCCACUGAUUGUGGAUGUGCAGAUGUUUCUCAGAAGAGGGUCCUUGUUAAGAAAAGAUGUCUGUUAAUAAGUGCUUUCAUGCCAUUGGGUACCACAGUUUUGGUGACCCUAAAAUAAUCUGUCGUGCGAGUGUCCCAGAGCGGAGGUUGAUGUAAGGACAGCAGUCUCUGUCUUCGCUAAAAUACAAAGCAGAUGCCUGCUGCUGUGACUGUGACUGUUUCACGUGUCCCCUUCCCUCUAAAGGAGUAUCCCCCUUAAGCUUUUGUGGAAGCCAAAACAUUGCAACUGGCACGGGUACAGAGUAGCAGGAAAUUUGGCGUGUCUGUCUGGUCAGAUGAGUGUCAGAUUAGAACCGACCGCUGCAUUCCACGAUAGACGAGUAAUCACACGAGGGGCCGCCUGCAACAAGCCUGCAGCAGCCAUAAACAGGAAGGGCCUUUUCUCCUGGUGCUGGGUCAUUGUCUACACGCACCAGGGCUGGAAUGGCCAUAAGGCAUACAGGGCAUUUGUCCGAUGGACUGCUGAUGAUUUUGGCCUGGUCCUCCCCUCAAUGUAGUGGUAUCAGUCCUCAUGCCGCUACAGCUGACCCGUCUGAGUCAGAUUUAAAUAUUCAUUUUGCCUGUUGUGGUCAAAAUAGCCCGUAAUAGAUGACUACAAACAUUGUCACAGGCCUCAAUGUCUCUCAGUGCCUGGUGGACUGGCCUUGGCUGAAAAUGCCCUGGCCUGAUUUUUUUUGUCCUAGACCAGCCCUGACAUGCACGCACUCGGUUAGGGUUGAAUAGUUGUGUCAUGUCACUUGUAUCCUUGUAUGGCUGUCAUAUCCGAUGCGUGGUGAGAUUAAUCCGCUAGCUCAUCCACGACCACCGGAAAAACAAAAACAGGAUCACGUUCCGGAGAGGACAAGAGGAGAGAAAGCAUUCCAGGUUGGAGCUUGAAAAGUGCAUGCUGUCAUCAAGUGUGUGGGCCCGUGUGUGGGUUGUGCCAUCUCAUCCAGGCCUGCCAGCCAGUUUGGAAAACCAUCUUUUUUUCCAUGACACGUUCCAUGUUUGUAUCACAGUCCAACAACACUGAGUAGUAGUUUGUGCCAGCUCGAUGGGAGAUUUGCCUGCCUGGCCCUGUUGGGGUGGCAUGCAUUGGCGUCAUAGAUAUGUGGCCUUUUUGUAUUUAUCUUCCUCUGCACAAGUAGGUUUGUUGAAAUGUACUAUUUGUGGGAAGCAACUUUGCAAAAUGUAAACUGCCACGGAUAAAUACUGUGAAUGGUGCAAAAUUAAAAGCCACUUCAUAGUUAAUUACUA